CCAGAAAAAAGAAAAAAAACAGAGUUGAGCGCAAUACCCGCGCGGGGCACACGCCAGGAGCGCCGCCGCGUCGCGAGAUGGCCCCCUACGCGGAAGCGGCCUCGUCGUCGGCGACCAGCGCCGCCUCGUCCGCGGACACCGCGGGCGCGCCGGCCUCCCCCUCGCCGUCGUCGUCGUCCAGGCGCGCGGCUCCCACGCUGCUCCUCCUCGCCUCCCUAGCGGCGCUCAUCAUCCUCUCCUCCGGCGACGACGGCACGGCGCACCCGCUCAAAGAUGCUAGCCUGGAAAAUCCAGAGGUUUCCUUUGUUCCCUCACCUGUUGGGGGACAAUUUUGUGAGCGAGUGCGUCUAUCUGGAGUGCCAAGGUUACAUCUUGAAAGCUAUGCAAGUCAAAUACGUGUCAAAAUGAAUGUUUCUCAAUCAAUUCCUGAGAAGUUCCACUGGAAAAUAGAGGUUUGCUUUCAUCGGAACGCCUCUAUGGGUUUAUGCCAAUGCGAGGCGGGUGAAUGGCAAGGUUUUCAAGAUGGCUUGUGGACAGCAGUAUAUUCUCCAUAUGGAAACAAAUAUGUUGAUGUGAAAUUGGCUGAUAAGAAAUCUGCUAGGUUCACUCUUUCCAUUCAGGAAGAAUUUCAGAAAUGGCGCUUGGCUUGCCUUGGUAUUGGAUUUAUAUUGCUAUUCCUGUCUCCUACUGUUAGCAAAUGGGCACCAUUUUACUAUAGCAGCUCUAUGGCUCUUGGCAUCCUGCUUGUUGUUCUUAUUGUUCUUUUUCAGGGGAUGAAAUUGCUACCAAUGGGGAAGAAAAGUUUAUUUUACCUCACAAUUUAUGGAUCUGUGAUAGGUGUUGGUUCCUAUGUUUUUCACUACUUCUCAACAUUGGUCUCUUCUAUUCUGGAAAACUUUGGCUUGGGUGAAGAGAUGUACAACCCUGUUUCACUCUUCCUGGUGGUAGCAAUUAUCUUGACUGGAGCUGGUUUUGGCUAUUGGAUGGUCAGGAAAUUUAUCCUUUCAAAGGAUGGAAGUGUGGAUGCUGGGAUAGCACAAUUUGUGAAGUGGGCCAUGCGUGUUGUUGCUACAUUCUUUGUUAUGCAGAGCACACUUGAUCCUCGUCUAGCAAUGGUUGCUCUUGCUUCUUGCUGGUCGGUUUGCGCUUUGUUGACGGGAAAGAAAGUUCAGAAGAAAACGACACAGAAGCAAAAGCAAUCAAAGGUUUCUUCUCAGCUAAUGCUUACCCAAGGAUCACCCAGCAGUCCUCAGGUCCAGUUCUUAAGUCCAUCAUCUAAGGUAGGCUUUGGAAGAACUGCAUCUAGAAGUUCAGCCACACAGUAUGGUUGGAGCAAUUUGGCCAAUGGAGGCCGGGUCUCCUCCGCACUUACAAAUCAGGUAGUACCCAAACAAGACAAAGACGAAGACUACUACUCCACCUUCCACAACAUCGAACCACGGAAAUAUUCAAAGCAAGAAUGGGAGGAGUUCACCCAGGAAUCCACCAGGAAGGCACUGGCGGAAUGCACCGCAACCCCCGAGUUUGCCCAGUGGGUUGCGGACAACGCCAGCCGGCUGCGAGUAGAGAAAGAUGAUGACCUCUCUGAGGAGGAGACUAUUGAGAGCUCCUCAAGCUCGGAGGAAACCGGGGAGGAACCCGAUGCAGCAGAUCCUGGUCUGUGGAGAUUUUUAGCAGUAGGGUGGGGUGGUAGCAUUCGAUUAUUAAGUUUUAUUUGGGUCGGUUCCACAGUUGGAGCUGGAGUAUAUGUUCUCGUGGGAACAGUUGCUAGGGAGCACGCUGGUCCAGCAUUGACAAUUUCCUUUCUGAUAGCUGGAAUAGCAGCAGCGCUUUCAGCUUUCUGUUAUGCCGAGCUUGCUAGCCGUUGCCCCUCUGCUGGAAGUGCCUACCAUUAUUCAUACAUAUGUGUUGGAGAAGGUGUUGCCUGGUUGAUUGGUUGGGCUUUAGUGCUGGAAUAUACUAUUGGUGGAUCUGCUGUUGCCCGCGGCAUAUCCCCCAAUUUAGCCUUGUUUUUUGGGGGACCAGAUAGUUUGCCAUGGCUUUUAGCACGCCAUCAGCUUCCAUGGUUUGAUAUCAUUGUUGAUCCCUGUGCUGCUGCUCUUGUUUUUGUUGUGACUGUUUUACUAUGCGUGGGAAUUAAAGAGAGUUCAUUUGCACAAGGAGUUGUAACAGUUCUGAAUGCUUGUGUAAUGAUAUUCGUUAUCAUAGCUGGUAGUUAUAUUGGCUUCCAAAUAGGAUGGGUCGGCUACAAGGUUUCUGAUGGGUAUUUCCCGUAUGGAGUAAAUGGAAUGCUUGCUGGAUCAGCAACUGUUUUCUUUGCGUUCAUAGGCUUUGAUACAGUUGCUAGUACAGCUGAAGAGGUAAAGAAUCCACAGAGAGAUCUACCAUUGGGAAUAGGUGUAGCGUUGGCUAUUUGUUGUGCAUUAUAUAUGGCCGUUUCCAUUGUUAUUGUUGGGCUAGUACCAUAUUUCGCUAUGGACCCAGAUACUCCUAUUUCAUCAGCCUUUGCAAAACAUGGAAUGCAAUGGGCCAUGUAUGUUGUGACAAGUGGUGCUGUUCUUGCCCUUUGUUCAACCUUGAUGGGUUCACUUCUUCCACAGCCUAGAAUACUUAUGGCCAUGGCACGAGAUGGGCUGUUGCCAUCCUUCUUCUCUGAUGUUAACAAGCAAACACAAGUACCUGUCAAGAGCACAAUUGUGACUGGCAUCUGUGCAGCUGCUCUGGCUUUUGCAAUGGAUGUUUCACAGUUGGCAGGAAUGGUCAGUGUAGGCACACUCCUUGCAUUCACCAUAGUUGCUGUCUCAAUCUUGAUACUCAGAUAUGUUCCUCCAGAUGAGGUCCCUUUGCCACCCUCUAUGCAAGAAUCAUUCCGUUUGAACCAGGAAUGUGAUGAGGAAAAGGAUAGGGAUCUUCUUGGAGAUGGGAACUGCAACACAUCUCAAACAAAUGAUGUGAUUGUUUUAGUAGAAUCAAUGAAGGACCCUCUUAUUGAGAAAAGACAACAUAAAGGCAAGAUGGACGAGACAAAACGUCGAAAGAUAGCUGCUUUCAGCAUUGGAUCUGUGUGUGUAGGGGUUCUGAUCCUCACGUCUUCAGCCUCUGUGACAUGGCUGCCUUUUCUCCCAAUAUGUAUCGGCUGCAUUAUUGGCGUUGUUCUCCUUUUUGCUGGCCUUGGCAUGCUCUCUUGGAUCGACCAGGAUGAUGGCAGGCACUCUUUUGGUCAUUCUGGAGGAUUCACAUGCCCUUUUGUUCCAGUGCUACCAGUUAUGUGUAUCUUGAUAAAUACAUAUCUGUUGAUAAACCUGGGCGGAGGCACAUGGAUGAGAGUUGGCAUAUGGCUGCUGAUGGGUGUUCUUGUGUACAUUUUCUACGGGCGAACCCACAGUUCCCUAACAGAUGUUGUCUACAUUCCGGUAGCACAAGCCGAUGAGAUAUACAGGAGUUCAUCAGGAUACGUAUCGUAGAAAAGAACAGCACUGCAGAGUCUCAUGUGACGUAUUAGAGUUGUUAAAAAAACCGACAGAUGAUAUAGUUGUUGUUGCAGAUUAGUGGUUAUCAGCCAGGAAGACACGGAGGUCGAACGGACUGUUCUUUCUUUCGUACUUGGUCAACAAGAUCUCAUGGAUGCAAGAUUUAUGCUGCGCGUGAGCCAGAUCAAUUUACACAUUGUUGGAGUUUGCGUAUAGAUGUGGUAUAUAAACCCAAUUGGGUGGAGUAUGUGAUAUAUGAUGUGUAUGAUUCAUGUACAAGCUUUUUGUACUGAAAUGGGUGGACACUGAAAAGAACUACUGAAAUAUUACACUGAUUGAAAAGAAGCACCUCCUUUGAUGUCA